ACGCGGAAGCAACAUUCCACGUCACUUGAGGUGGAUUUAGCGCGAGCGAGGGAAGAUUCCGACAGGAGAAUUAAGCGCUUUGACGUGAAACUCGCCGGAUGUGAUGCCACGAGCGUUUUGGCUUUACGCUCAAACUGACAGCGACCAGAAUAUCUGCGGGUUGUAAACUGAGGAUUCGUCUCAAGAGUGUCUGAUUUGGUGCUCGAUCUUCAUGGGCGAAUCAGGGACACGGCGCUCCACCCUGGUCUCCAGGCUUCCCAUCUUCAGACGCAGUGUGCGAAAGAGACAGGACUCGCUUCCCUCCUCGCCCUCCUCCGGUGGUGUCGGCAAUGGCGUCCACACUUCCUCUCCCUCCAGCACGAACUCCAGCUCCAGCAGCACGGGUAAACGCCGCAGCCUGUUCCGUACUCCGUCACUCAGCUUCCACAGCAAGAGGAACAGCGACCCGACCCAGCUCAGCCUGGACAAUCGCAGCGAGGAGUCUGAAGUCGUCUUUCGAGACAGUUGCAUUUCAAAGACGCGACAUUCGUUCGGAUUCGGUGGACACAAGAAGAAGAUCCCCCGAUCUCAGACAGAAAACCUUGAGAAAGUGUCGACCAAUCGCAGCAUGUUCAUUAACUGCAUCAGCUCACGGACGAAUGAGGGAGAUGAUUCAGGGUUCCUCGAUGACGUGAGCAGCAAGAGGUCUUCCAAGCAUAAGAAGAUGCUGCCCAAGUCCUUCUCAGCUCACCAACGGUUUUCCAAGAACUCGUCCAAUGUCCCAGACCAGGGUAAAGGUCAGGAUAUUGGAGAAGAGCCUCCUAAAACUGGUACCCCAGGCUCCUGGCCUGGAGAAUUGGCUGAGAGUUCUCUACAGUCACCCAUGAUCUCAGAAGACCGCACCACGGCAAUCACACCAUCCGAUUUUGUUCACGUCACCGAAGACUCUGUCUCGGAAGUGGAUGCUUUGCCGGGCCCCAGUCCAGCUGCUCCACCCGAAACCUUCAGCCAAGCUGUUUCUACCUCGCAGGUGUCCAUCACCCCAGCCCAGGACACCACGGAAAAGCCCUUACUGCCAGAUACCAGCCACACAGCCAACACACAGUGCGAGAGCACAACUGCUCAUACGGAACCAGUAACGCUGCAGACGGUGAAAGAGUUGAACCCUAUCACUAAUCCUAAUACAAACGCUAACCCUGACCAGUCAGAGGCCAGUGAGAUUGAACAAGUUCCAGAAUUGAGUGAGGACAGCAGCUCCAAUCCAGACACCCGUGAGAGGUGGUCCAGGAAUGCUCUUCUCAUCCAACAGGCAGGAAGGUCAUCGGGCCUGAGCAAACUGGAGACCAGGCCAAGUCACCUGAGAAAGCCACACACAGUGUCUAUGUGCAGCAGCGUGAGCCCAUAUCAUGAGGUGAUGCGCUUGGAGAGACGUCUAAGGUCGGCCUCUGAGGGCGCAGGAGGACCCAGACUUCACCUCAACCUCAGGGAUCCUCACUGCAUGGAGGGCAACACUUUAUCCAAGCAGAGAACCAGUUCCUCAUCUUCUAAACUGGGCAGCCUGGAUGUUUUGAAUAACCUUGGCUCAUCUGAGUUGGAUGAAGAUGACCUAAUGCUGGAUCUCGACCUUUCUGAUGACCAGCGACCUCACCAUGAUCAGUGGUUUCCAGCUGGUUUUGCUUCAGGACCCAAAUUACACAUUGGACAAGUGGUGACCCGACAAACCUCACGGGAGGAUUCCAGUCAAUCCCUUGCAUCAUGCCUCAACCUGCUGCCCUCACCCCUGGAGGCCUCCAUUGACCGGACCCUUGGAAGAGAGCCCAGGGAGCCCCCCCUCAGGGAGCAGCGGCCGAUGUCUCUCUGUCUGUCUCGUGAUGAUGAACCUUUGGCCGGGCUGGAGGCGUUGCCGUUCAGGCUGAUGCAGCAGGACUGCACAGCGGUAAAGACUCUUCUGCUGCGGUUACGCAGGACCCUGCAGGAGAGCACUGAGAUCAGUCCUGCCAGCAGCCUUCACUCUCUACCCAUAAGCCCCUGCAGUGAGAAAUCACUCCCCUUUAAGGAUCCUGGGAGAGAAGAGAACCAGUUCCUACAACAGCAGCUGAAGGAGAAAGACAAGCUCAUUGUACGACUCCAGGCUGAAUUGGAAUCCACCCGUGCUGCUCAGAAAUCUCUUUGCCAAAAAGCUGACAAAAGCACUCAGACAGAUUUCUUACUCUCAGAGGCAAUCCAUCCAAGUCGACCCACAGGCCAAAACAGCAACAUUCCCAGCAGCAGCCUCACAAGGGAGCGAAGGGUGGCGCGAUCGCUCGCUGCAGACCAGCACAGCCGACCAUGUGAAGAGAGGCCUUGCAGCAAUGGCGGCGGAGGCAUUCGGGAUCUGGUACGAAGAGCUGAAAGUGGGCAAUCCAUGUCUGAGGUACCCGGGCCACGGAAGACAGAGCACCCGGGGCCGUCUCAGAUCCCUCGGGCGAUGGCCGGGAGCAGCGUGAGCCUCCCCAGCAAGGCUAGUCCUUCACGCAGCCUGUCUUCAGACAGCGAGCGGGGGCCGCGAAGCGAGCGAGGGCCUAUUCCUAGGCUUCAGUCCUACUUUACCGGCCGUCUGGGUCAGCCGCCCCGUGGGCCUCUGUCUUUACACAUGUACAGCCGAAAGAACGUCUUCUUACAGCACUCUAUCCAUACAGCUGAACUGCAGGCUCUUGCUCAGCAGGACGGUUGAAAACAUACACACAUACAUGCACGCAUAGUGACACAUGCCUCAGAUGGAUAUGAACUCUUGGUGCAGUUCCUCAGUGACCGCGAGUACCUUCAGACCCACAUGCACUCAGUUACAUUCAAGGCUAUUUUUCCUCUAAAACCUCAAAUGAACUUGAACCGCACACCGAGACGCUUAUACUUUGUGGAGUUAAACUCAUCAUCUAUAUUAAGUGUCAAAACCAAUCCGUUGUCUGCACUACUUGAGCCUUCUGAAGAAAUAGUAUACUGUAUGCUGCUCCAAUAAGUACUUUAGAUUGAUGGUCCACUAAUGUGAGAGUUUCAUCCGCAACACUAUCACAUUGUACAGUUCUGCUGAUAUGCUAGAGAGGAUGUCGUCAUUUUUGCGUUCCCUUAUAUCUUUGAAAUAAAUUCAGGGUCCAACAUUAACAUUAACCAAGCCCCAAAUUCAAGUAACAAUUGGUUUUUGGCAAGGUAAUUUAACCAGUUGGCCUAAACUCUAUUGGGAAAUAUAACAUUAUGGCCUGGUUCCACAGACAGAGUUUAGAUUAAGCCAGGAUUAGGACAUUUAAGUAGUUUUUAUGAACAUGCCUUAGAAAAAAACAUUACUGGUGUGCAUCUUGAGAGAAAACAGUGGCACUGACAUUUUUUUGAAGGGAUAGUUCACCCAAAAAUUAUAAUUCUGUCAUUAAUUACUCACCUCGAUGUCGUUCCAAACCCGUAAGACUUUAGUUCAUCUUCAGAACACAAAUUAAUAUCUUUUUAAUGAAAUCUGAGAGCUUUCUGUCCCUCCAUUGACAGUCUACGCAACUACCAAUUUCAAGCCCCAGAAAGGUAGUAAAGACAUCAUAAAAGCAAUCCUUGUAAGUCCAAUGGUUUAACCUUAAUUUUAUGAAGCGACGCAAGUGCUUUGUUUGUGCAAAAAACAUAAUUUACCACUUUAUUUACAAAAUAUGAAUCUCCAACACGCGUUCACGAGAGCACCACGACGCAUACGUGUUGUGUUGACACCAGAGCAGAGAGGCUUGAAAGUGGAAGUUGCUUAGAGUGUCAAUGGAGGAACAGAAAUCUCUCAGAUUUCAUCAAAAACAUAUUCAUUUGUGUUUUGAAGAUUAACUAAAGUCUAACGGGUUUGGAACGACAUGAGGGUGAGUAAUUAAUGACAGAAUUUUCAUUUUGGUGUGAACUAACUCUUGCAGAUCUGUCAGUGCAUCUUUCAUCUUUCAGUUAAAAACAGCUCAAACAUGCAUUUUAGUCUGGGACUAGGCUUAAGCCUUGUCUGUGAAACCAGGGGUACAUGAUUUAAAUUGAAGUGUAAGAAUGCUAAUCUGACCUCCACUGCUUUAAAUGAUCAAUUUAAAUGGCAGACAUACGAACAGUCUAUUAGUCAUAUUAAAUAACAGUCAUGUUAAACUACCAUAAUCAAAACAUGAUGAACAAAAUCUGGUUUUGUGGAAGAUGCGAUUCAUGACCGUACAAAAUAUAUUAAUGGCCAGUAGAUUUUCUCAAUUCACCCACCAAAAAGUUAAAUUUGGACCCUGUAGAAAUCUUAUUAAAUAUUAAGUUUUCAAAACCAUUUUUCUUCAAGUCUUAGACUCACAAAUAUAGACUGGCUUGUUAGAUUACGCCCAAUUAAUAGUGAUGUUUAUAAUAGUAGAUCACACAAAUAGCCCAGAACGCUGUUUUGCACCUGCAAAGAUGACACUGAAGACCCAUGCGUAUAUUGCCAAAUCAAUCCUCAGUCAAAGAUAGGGCACUGAGACACUUGCUGCCGGUUGAGAAUUACCCACGUUUAGGAGGUUUAACACUUAUUAGCCUCUACUAAUUGCAAGCUAAUCUUUCACUUUUUUUCUACAAUCCUUUUGCUGCAAACAGGGGGAAAAAAAGAAGAAGAAAGCUAAAAAGCAUUUUUCUCCACUGGAUCUAAGAUAAAAUAGAUUUGACAGUCUUAGUGAAAAGAUUCAACAAGAGCCUCGAGUCGUAAACACAGCUGGACUUUAAGAAAGAAAUGCCCUUCAUUUGUCAAAAAGAAAUAGAGACCUUGUAGAGAAAUUAACUACAUUAUUACAUUUGACAUAGGUAAGACUUUGAAUUUUCUUUUUAAAACUAGAUGAAUUUAAUUAAACAUGUCGAUAACUUUAAUAAAUGUAAAACUGCCAUAGACUGCCUCAUACGGAGCACAGUCUUAGGAGAUGCGGUUGAAACGAGGAAUGGCCUCAUUUUGGCAGUGUUGGGACAACGUUGAGGUAAUGUUGGGACAGUGUUGACCCGGCUUUGCGGAUCAGGAGCGCAAGCAAGGACGCAUGGAGGAGAAGGAAACCCUGAAGAAACGCAGUCCCAUCCAUCCAGCAGGUCUGCUCCCUUAGGUCCACUGCUCCAAUUUCAGCAAUCUGUUGGGAGCAUCAUCACUUCCUCUCUCUCUGUCUCCUUCUUCCUCCCAGACCUACUUCCAGCUCUCUGUGUGAUCAGGCUCAGGGAGAGAAAGACUUUAGUAUGGUCUCACUACUACAUGCUCCGAUACUGAAAAUGCACUCCAAAAACUGAAAUGUGUUUGUGUUCAGGGUCCAAAAUUAGCAUUCAGUAAACAAGUGUUAAAUGUGAGUUAAAAUUGACUGUGACAUAAAAGUUGGUGUUGGUGACAAUGGUAAUUUAUUGGGAAAAUAUUAUUAGGGUUGAGCGUCCAAAAUGAAAAUACUGAUGGAAAUAAAUCAUCAGGUAAUUAUUAAAUUAUUAAUAAUUAAAUUAUUAAUAUUAACAUAAUUAUUACAAUUAUAAUAUGCAUUUAUUACCUUUUUUAUUUAAAAAAAAAUGCAAAAAGCGGUCAAUAAGAUGUUUAUUGCCAGUAAAUCUGCUUAAUUCAUUCAUCCUUGGGUUAAUUCUGGACCCUGUAUUUCAGAGUGACCUUAGGAGAGCAGACUGCUGUUAGACAGCCAAUUUGAGACAAUUCAGCCCUCGAUAACUGCGGUCAGCAAUACUGUUUAAAUUCUGUGUGGGUGCCAGUUUGUGACUGGUGAAUGUUAAAUGCGUGUUCCCAGAGGCAGGAAUUGUCCUUGUUCCUUCCUGAGCCUCCCUUGUGUGUUUGACACAUGACUUUAAACCACACAUUUGAGCCAUGAUGCUUGAAGGACGGACAUUUAAACGGACUUGAAUAUGCGAGAUCAUGGGUUGAGUCUGUGCAAGAGCGGGAACUCAUGAAUCUCACGUGACUCAAUCAUUAACAUGAUUAUAUGUGCCAUCACAUUUCUGAACUGAAUCCUUUAAUGUUGAGUAGAUAUUUAUUUGGCCUUAUUUAUUAUGUGAUAUUGUGAAACGACUAUCAUCUUAGGCUUUUAUUUGUCUGUCUGGAUGCGUAUAAAAUUCUUUGUUACAGAUUCUGAUGAUAUGCCGAAAUCAUCUCUUAUAUCAUUUUCUUUUUUUUUUUUUUUUUCCUCAGUAUGUACAGGGUUCGCAUUACAAUGGCACUUUUAAGAGAUUUAAACCGUAAUAAGAUUUGAAAAAACCUUUAUCUGUAUCUUUUCUCUCAUUGGUGGUUUUCAUUAUAAAGUUCUGAUUUUCACUAAAUGUAAUAUAUUCACUCAUUAAAGACAGCUAUUUAAAAAAAGAA